AUGUAAGAAUCGUUAUACAUUCAUUCAUUUAUUAAAUAAUCUGAUGAAACAACUAAUUUUUCUAUAGAAACCACUGAAUCAUCAUUGUUUACUGCUACUCUGUUGGUGGUUGAUAAAAAGAUAUGUAAGUGAAUUCUAAAUUAGUUGAGCUACCUAUUUUGUUUGUUCUUGAGUGCAGAGUUGUGGACUUUUUGUCUCCGAAUUUUCAGAAUUUUUGAGCUAAUUUUUAUUGUCUAAGUUGUGGACUUCUUUUGGUCUUUUAAUCGCAAUCUUUUUUUUUUUGUAGUUCUUACAAUUCCCUAGCUUUGUGCUUUAGUGAUUUGGUUACAAUUUCUAAAGCUCAUUAGAUUACAAACUUCAUGAGCAAGGACUUAAAUGAUGUGUUAGAGAAAAUAACAAAGAGAAUUUACCUCAAUUGUUCUAGCCAUAGCACGUGCAGUAACACAAGCUAUUGAAAAAACCAUGUCUUUUUUUUUUGUAACUUGAAAAAACCAUGUCUUCUGCAAUUACAGAGUGCUUACAGGUUUGAAAUUAAUGCGAAAUGGAAGAGGUGAUUUCUUUGUGUUGUUGAAAAAAAUGCUUCUCUUUCUUUUAUAUAGAGUGCAGUUGGUGACAAAGCAGUUAACCAGCUUCAAAAAACUGUUAAUUCAAACCUUGAGGCAGCAAUAGCCGUCAACGUGUCUAUUGAGAAUAAGGAAGCUGCUGAGAAGAUACAUCAGCUUUAUACUAUAACUAGAGUUGCAUAAUCUAUUGAUCUGGAACUCUGUGUUAGUUUUAUCGUUCAGGAUCUCCAGUCUCUGCUUUAUACUAUAAUUCAGGUUAUAAAUGGAGUUGCUACACUAUUGAGUGGACCACGGUACGUGCUCCUAAGAAUUAAAUGUAUUUGAUGGCUCAAUCUCUUUCGUGCAAGUGGUAUAUUCAUUCUGAUAGCUUCACUGGUAUUGGAUAUACUGGAAUAUAAAUCCAUAAACGACAGCGAAAAGCAAGUAAAGCAGCUUGGAGCUGUCUCAACCAUAAAGCUGCCUAAGAAUUGGUUGAAGUCUCAGAAUUUUCAAGAACAGUGUAUCUUUUCUGUGAUUGAGCACCUUGCUGUCCACUUUUCUUAAUGGAGCUUCCAUAUGUCUUUUCUGGAGCUUGCUAUUAUUCCCAUUAUAAGGCUUAACAAAUUUGGCGAGAGAACCACUCUGGAAGAGUUAAAGCUGGUGGUCAAACGCUUCAUCAAGCAUGGGGGAGUUGAAUAUUGAGUUUUUUUUUGGUAAAAGUUGAAUAUUGAGUUUGUACACAAUACUAUCAAAGCAUCAUAGACAAAGGUCGUGGAACAAAAAAAAAGUGAGGCAAGUGUGAGAAUAAUAAUAAUGUAAUUCGUUGGUUUGCCACUCAGAUUGCAGGGCAGGAUCAAACCGUAGCAGUUAGAAUUAUAAAAUUCUUAAAACCGUUUUUGUUUCAUAAAUUAUUUUCAUAAACACACAAAACGUCUAUGCAAUGCGUGUAAUCAGAUUUAAGUUAAGUGUUCUUCAGAAAAAAAAUGUCUUACAAACAAAAGCUAAACAAAUAGUAACCUAAUUUUAGACCGUUGACAGUGAUAAUUUUGAUAAUUUUCUUAUAUAUCUACCAUUUAUAAAUUUUGGGUUUGAAGUCCUCACUCAUACCUGUUUUCGCGACGUCAUGAGACUCAUGACCAUGUUUGAGCAUGUAGAUUCGGUCUUGAAAAAAGGAUGACCCAGCACACAAACAAUACCCAACAAACAAACAAAAAAGCUCGAACAUCAAAUAAUAGUAUUAAUAUUUACAAUAUUUCCAUAGUAAAAUCUAAUUACUUAAAUUAUUAAAAAAAGAAACUGCAAAAUUAAUAUUAAAUCAACUGUAAGAAAGAAAACCUUCUAUACCUUUACAACUAAAAAUAUUUCAAAUCAUGAAGCAAAAUUUAUUUCCAUCACAAAACAAACUAAACAAAAAAAUAAAUUAAAUAGCAAACAAUAAAUGAUAAAUUUAAAUUUGGACUAAAGCAAUAAACUGAAGAAAAAAAUAAAAAAAACCGUUUACAAGUAGGUUGGUACUUUAGUUUGGGGUUAUUUGCCGAAUAACCAAAAAAAAUAGAAAUAAAAUAUUUAGAGAAAAAGAAGAGAGAUAAGAAGAGAAAGUAUAGAAAUGAUGAGAUUUUGGAUAUUUAGUGAAAUUAUGUUUUUUGUAUGGUUAAUAGGCCUAUUUUCUGUACUUUUAAAGACAAGUACAAAAAUGAAUACUUAAUAAUUGUAAAACCAAACAAACUUAAUACAGUAUUAGUUAUAAUUUUUACAGUUGUCUUACAUAAAAUAAAUAACCAAGAUAAAGAAUAUAUAUAUAUAUAUAUAUCUAAAAUAAUAAGUUAGUUAAUUUUUUCUUAGUCUUACUAAUCUCCUAUAUAAAAUUCCAAUAAAACAUAACAAAUAAUAUUUUUAUAUUUUAUUUAUUUAUAUAAUUCUAUAACCCGUUCCAGUAUAUAUCAUAUUUUUUGGUAAAAGUAUUUAUCAUAUUUUUUAUACAAAUUAAAUUAAACUAAUAUUAUAAGAAAAAAUCCGGGCGUAGCCCGGAAAACCCCCUAGUAUGUAUAAGUACAAUUUAUAAGCAAAAAGUGUGUUUCUAAGUAUCUAAAAUUAUCAGCAAAUAAAUAUAUUAUCUGAGAAAACCAAAUUACCAUAAUAAUUUCUCUUAAUACUUAAUUUAGCGCCAAUUUCAUAUAAACUGAACUGGAAACCGAAAAAAAACAAAACUGAAACAAAUUUCAUAUAUAUUUGAGCGGUUCAUAUAUCUCUGUAAAAUAGAACCGAAUCAAAAACUGAGGUAGAACAGAACCGAAGUCAUAUGCCUAAUACUCAACAUAAAAGUAACAAUUUAUCAAUUCGGUGAUUAUAAGCAUUGUCAACUUUUGGAGUUCAGCAUUCAUUCUGCCAGCCAAGUGUCUCGAUACUAUUGAAAGUAUGUGCUGCGCUUUUCUUUGGUCUGGAUCUCCCAACCAAACACAUAAGGUGAAGGUUAGCUGGGCAAAUCUAUGUUAUCCCAAAGAUGAGGGAGGUUUGGGUGUAAGACGACUGAGAGAUUUUUCUUUGGUAUUUGCGCUUAAGCUUAUUUGGAGACUCUUUACGGAACAUACGUUACUGUGGGUUUGUUGGAUCAAAUUAUAUUUGCUCAAGGGUAGUUCCUUCUGAGACGUAAGGGAUACACAUAAAGGAUUUUGGAUGUAGAGGAAACUCCUCAAACUUCGAGAUACUGUCUAUACUUUUCUCAAGUUCAAAGUCAAGGAUGGGAAAUCAACUUACUUCUGGUUUGAUAAUUGGCUAGAUAAGGGACGCUUGAUUGAUAUCACAGGUGCAGCUGGUACCACCUACAUUGGUCUACCUCGUCGAGCUACUGUUAGAAAAGUGGUUAAACAGAAUGAAUGGGCACUUAGAGGACAGCGGAGUCGACACUAUCACGACCUUCAUGCUGCCAUCAUAGCUGAACCAGUUCCUGAUGCUCAGUAUGGAAGAGAUGUGGUCCUAUGGAAAGCUGGAGAUGAUGAUUAUCAAGAGAACUUCUCUUCCAAGAAGACGUGGGACCAAAUUCGAGUGAAAAAGGGGCCAGUGGGAUGGAGUAAAGUCGUUUGGUUCAUACAAGAGGUACCCCGGUUCUCGUUCAUCACUUGGAUUGCUGUGAAGAAUAGGUUAUCCACUGGAGAUAGGAUGCGGUCAUGGGGAUGAUUCAAGGUUGUACGUUGUGUGGCGAGGUUGAUGAGACAAGGGAUCAUUUGUUCUUUGCGUGCCCAUACUCUUAUACGGUUUGGCAUGGACUGGCAAAUCGCAUCAUGGGUUCUCAUACUGAUCCGGACUGGCAGCUCACACUAGACUACAUGGAGGGGCUCCGAGAUGGGUCAAUGGAUACUAUUCUCAUCAAAAUAUUAUUUCAAACAACUAUUUAUCAUAUCUGGAGGGAACGGAAUGCGCGGAGACACCACACUAGUUGGAUGACAGCAGAAGCUAUAGGCAAGGCAGUAGACAAAGCGAUAAAGAAUCGCAUUUCAUCACUUAAGUACAAAGCAGGCAUAAGCUCGAGGGACUUAUGCGACGGUGGUUCACCCACACUAUGUAGUCAUGAAGCUCCUCUAUCUUUUUUACCUUAUUUUAGUUUACACUUAGCCCAACAUAGCUUAGUCACAAAAAUUCUUAUUCUUUGUAAAUGUUAAUUUCCAUAAAGGAUGAAUAAAUUUGAAAUUUCAUUAAAAAAAACAUAAAAGUAAAACUCUUAGGAGUUAAAUAUUCACCGGAGACAUUCAUAAAAUAUAACAUAAAGUAAACAAUAUUGUUGAAAGAGUUUGCGUAUGCUUGAAACAACAAGAGUAGAAACUGAGCUAAAAGCACAUGGUAGGUUACUUUAACAUUGGAAAAAUAACAUUUUCUUCUUCUUCUUCUUCCUUUUAAGUUACUUUUCCUCCUCUUUAUUCAUUUGACAUUUUUCUUCUAAAUAUUUUUAUAAUAUAUAUAUGGAAUCAAUUAUAGGCAUCUCUAUAGAGGAUUGAUAUUAUAUGAUUUUAUAAUCAUAUGUUUCUAAAUAAGAAGAUGAGUCACGAUAUCAUAUGUAUACAAUCCCAAGCAAAGACAACACACAUCAUCAUGUUCUCCCCAAUAAUAAUCACUUGCAAGGUACAUACACACAAACUGCAGAAUUAUAAUUAAAAAUAAAAUAAAUAUGAAUUAAUUUAAUAUACAAAAUAAUAUCCUUUAAUUAGUUAAAACAUCACACCAUGAUUCUCAAUUCCCCAUACAAACUCAUACCCAAGAACUUCAAAAAAUGCUUAGAGGCAAUGGCAUCUUCCACAUUUGCCUCUUGGCAUCAUUUCUUCUUCUACCAUUCUCCUCCGCCGUACACGAUGGUGACUUCAGCGGUGGAGCAAAUGCUCCGUCUUCAUGGGACCACAAUAUUGCACCAUCACAAGAAACCGCACCAUCCCCAACCCCCACCACGAGUCCCCCAACCACCUCACCGCCAUCUCCCGGUCCGGCAGCUGCUCCAUCUCCGAUCAACAACGACUCUAUCUCUGGCGACAUGACAUGGUGGUGCAACAAGACUCCACACGCUGAAACAUGCAAUUAUUACUUCCAAAGGAGCCCACACAACAACAUUAACAGACCACCAAGGUUUCGGUCGGAAUUUCUACGAUUGCUGGUCCAAGUAGCACUUGACCAAGCCGUCAUCACACACGCUCAGACCGUAAAGUUCGGUCCGAGCUGCACCAACAACCAACGGAAAGCCGCUUGGUCAGACUGUGUAAAGCUCUUUGAAAACACGGUGGCUCAACUGAACCUGACGCUCAAGGGACUUAACCCGGCGGCUUCCAGUGAUGUGAAGUGUUCGAACUUCGACGCACAAACGUGGCUCAGCACAGCCCAGACCAACAUUGAGACAUGCCGGUCUGGUUCGGAGGAUCUUAAGGUCUCGGAUUUUGUCAUGCCGGCGAUCUCCAACAAGAACUUGUCGGAUUUGAUUGGAAACUGUUUGGCUGUCAAUGGAGUUCUCAUGAAGCAACAUAAUCAUACAACUGCUAACCACAAAGAAUACUUCCCAAGCUGGGUGUCAAGACACGAGAGGCGAUUACUCGUAUCAGCCUCUUUAGCGAAAUCUAGACCCCAUCUAGUGGUGUCGCAAGACAGGUCUGGCCAUUUCCGGUCGAUCCAAUCUGCGAUAAACUUCGCAGGAAGACGAAGAAUCAAGUCAAGAUUUAUAAUAUAUGUGAAGAAAGGUGUUUACAGAGAGAACAUCGAAGUCGGGAACGAUAACCACAACAUAAUGCUUGUUGGUGACGGCGCAAGAAAAACAAUCAUCACCAGCGGUAGAAGCGUCAAGAACGGCUACACCACCUAUAACUCAGCAACAGCUGGCUUUGGAGGCCAAAGGUUUGUAGCAAAGGACAUGACGUUCAUCAAUACGGCAGGGCCAUUACGCGGCCAAGCUGUCUCGGUUCGGUCAUCCUCUGACCUCUCAGUUUUCUACCGUGUCGGUAUCCAUGGAUUCCAAGACACGCUCUACAUUCACUCGCAACGUCAGUUCUUUAGAGAAUGUUACAUCUCAGGCACCAUAGACUUCAUCUUCGGAAAUGCAGCUGUUGUGUUUCAAAACUGCAUGAUCCUCGUUAGACGUCCUCUCCGUGGCCAGGCUAACGUUAUAACUGCUCAGGGUCGUGGUGACCCUUUUCAGAACACAGGUAUUACCAUCCACAGCUCAAGGAUAAUCGCGGCUUCCGAUUUGAGGCCUGUUAUUGGAGCGUACAAGACCUAUUUAGGUAGACCGUGGCAAGCGUAUUCGCGUGUUACGAUCAUGAAGACUUAUAUAGAUAACUCGAUCAGUCCCUUGGGAUGGUCUCCUUGGUUAAGAGGGUCCAAUUUUGCUCUCAACACAGUUUUCUAUGGAGAGUAUAAAAAUUUUGGACCGGGUUCUUCCACGAGGUGGCGGGUCCGGUGGAAAGGAUUCCACGCCAUUACCAGUGCUGCGGUUGCUUCCCGGUUUACUGUGGGAAGCCUCAUUGCAGGCGGUUCAUGGUUGCCUUCCACUGGGGUGCCAUUCAAGACAGGGUUGUGAGGAGAAUUGCAUGUUCUAUUCCCAGACUAUUUAUAUAGUGUGUUAUGUGUGUAAGUGGGUAUGUGAUCCUUGUUUAUUUAUUUAUCUCUUGUUAACAUCAUUGUUAACCCAACAAACUAUUCUAUAUAUAUUUAAAGAUACAUCGGUAUAAGACGCAUUUGCUCUAGCGCUA